GGCGGUUGGAUUUGCGCGGAUCCCCGAACUUCCCGAAGUCCGCCGAGAUCCAAACUUGAAUUGUAGAAGUUGACAUCACCACGGCCUUACGACUGCCUCAGAAGGUUAUUCCAGGAAUUCUUUCAGAAGAAAUUGAUUGUAGAAAUGUUUAGACCGUAGUUCGAACAGCCAAAAGUGUUGGAUAUGCCCUUACGUUCGUGCGGAGAGGAAACAAAGCGACAAACGCGCUUUGUGUCAUUACGUGCGCCGGCAAUGGAAGCUCACAGCGUUGGAUAUGUGGUCUUAACAGCGCGAGUCGAUAGCUCCGAACACCCUGCCAGUCGCCACUGUGCGAGGGUCGCAACACGAAGUUCGGAUCCUGGCGAACUUCGCUUGUUGGCGCAUGCGAUGUGGCGAGCUGCGCAAGGAGUUUGUCGGCGUCAUCAUGCAACACGAAGUUCGGAUCCCGGCGAACUUCGCUUGUUGGCGCAUGCGAUGUGGCGAGCUGCGCAAGGAGUUUGUCGGCGUCAUCAUGAUGACGCCGACAAACUCCUUGCGCAGCUCGCCACAUCGCAUGCGCCAACAAGCGAAGUUCGCCGGGAUCCGAACUUCGUGUUGCGACGCUCGCACGGUGGCGGCUGGCGAGGUGUUCGGAGCUAUCAACUCGUGCGGGCAAGUGGGGGCGCUGUUGCAACUGCAAGCCCGAACUACAACAUGAUUGUUGGUGUGUUGUCAUACAAUAUGUCUUCUUCCAAGGGCGAGGUGGAGCCAACAGGGACCUCCGAGAAGGAAUCACGAAAAGAUUCCACGAGGCGGUCGUCUACUGCCACCCAGGGGUGGUCGAACCAUUCGAGGUCGAAAUGGUUCAUCGACUGGUGCUGUGGAGACGCUUCCAACCCCACUGCGCAGCCAUGUGGUCCUGUCAUCUUCAUCGAUGACAGCAGAAGGCGUAGAGUGCUUGGUGCCGUUUUGCGGUGGGAGGACGCAAAGGGGGGCCGGCGACAUUUCUAUAUGCAGAAAGUUUAUGGCGCCAAGGGCAACGUCGUUGCCAAUUCGAAAGGGACGUUGUUGGACCUCGAAUUGUGUGAGGGGUUCGGAGCGGGUGCUGUGAACACCCCGUUCUACAGAGAACUCGUUCUCGGGGGCGDUUUUGUUUUGGCGCGUGAAUUUUUCGACAUGUUGGAGGACAAAAACAUCGCUCUAGACGUCCCCUGCGACGUCAACCCAUCCCUGGAGCUGUCGUUGCCCUUGAAGCUAUGCAGUGGUUGCGAGUCAAGCGGGGCAGGGGCGGAGGGCGGUGAUCUGGGUUCUGGUCCCGCCACUCAGCUGCACCGUGGCGAGAGCCGAGGUCAGUUCGACGACAGCGAGGAUGAGGGGAUUGCUUCGCCGUUGAGUGACACGCGGUGGUCUGUGUUGUCUAUUCCUGGGGUUCAGACUGAUGCUCCUGUUCAGCGGAAGAGUACAGGGCCUGCAGUACAGGUGGCGGCCUAUUCGGAGGUCGACUUGGAGGCGAGCGAGGGACAGGGUGUGGAGGAGGUGGACGCGGGAGGCCUAGGCUCGCAAGGAGCUCUGCAAAAGAGGAGGGGGGAUCGUCCAGACGAGUUCGCUGGUUCUACGAAGAAGUUAAAGAGCAAGGCCCCCAGGACCGCGGGGGAGAAACGCAAGGGGACCGAGGGGGAGCAGGGCCGGCAGGCUGCCAAACGACCGUCUUCGAGACAGAAGCAGCCUGAGUUUGGACCGUCUUCUCCACCGACAACAGGGACUCCCAUCUACGUCGACGCCGGGUACUUCCUCGAGUACAAAGACGACGUUCAGACAAAGCGGGAGUUUGACAUUAGCCCUGCGCAGGUCGUUGACCUCGGGGACUGGGAGGACCUGUACAACCAACGGUCCCUGGAUCCCGUGCUCGUGGAAGGGAUCAAAGAAGCGAUGCGGUUGGCGUUCGAAAACAAAGCGCAGUCUUACGAUUUACCAACCCUGAAACUGGCGCCGCUGGGGCUUGAUAAACCGACUCCGGGGACCAGGGUAGAACGUCUGAGACCGGAGGAUUGCAGGGAUGAGCUGGCGGGACAAUACUACUACUACGCGGUGUGUGGGCAGCACAAUGCGGUUGCAGCGAGGUCGCUGCUUGGCAGCGAGGUGGCCAGGAAAUACAAUUUCGAGCGGUGGCCUGCACGAAUGGUCUACUUUUUGGACGACGACUUCGAAGGGUACUUCCUUGUCAGUUCCCAGGACAACAAGAAGGACCUGAAGGCGCCCCCACGACAGCUGAAGCUGUCAAUGAGGGACAUUAGGUGGCAGUGGAACCGCGCCGGUUGCCCGCGUGCUGUUAUGGGGAACCCCAUCGGAAAACAGGAUCAGGUUCGGAAGUGGCGUGAAUUCUAUCAGCAGCGCGAGGAGGCCAUCAAAAAACAAGGCGCUGCCCUGCGUUCCUAUUUCCCACUGGCGAUGGCAGGGGAGAACGUCUGGAAACUGGCCGUCGAGUUUUUCGAGAAAUGGGACACAGGCAGAUUGCUCGGACACGACGGCGCAAAGUGGAUCAUGCGGAAGAAGAAAGUCAAAAAUGUGAAGCCUGGGGUUGCAUACAUCCAUAAUGACAAGCUGGGCAGGAAGGAGGUCGUGUACAACGUCCCUGUGGAACCGCCGUCAAAGAAAGGCAAAAAGGAGAAAGAGGAGGGCGAGUGGUUCGUGCAAGUGCCACAGUCGGACGCGCAUUGUUGGAAAACGAUAGAGUCGCUGACAGACAACGAGAAGUGCCGCGUCCUGAAGAAGGUGCUCGCUUGCGAGGUGGUUUGGGUACAGGCCGGCUCCCCGGCGUUGGCGAAGCUCGGAAAGCUGAGCAUCCAGGAGGUGGUGAAUUUGGUGAAGUGCGACCAGGUGCUGGUGCGUCUGUGGAACUACUACCAGUUCAAGCACGACAAAAGGCCGGACGCGGAUUGGAGCCAGAGGUUCCCGUUCCUGAAAUCAAGGUCCACAAUUUUCAGACAGUUUGAGAGUCGUGGUUUGGAUGCUGAGUUAUGGGACGGGAGCACGAAAUACGUCACUGACUCCUCGCUGUUCAAGGACUGCCCGCCCUACAUGGGCUGCGACGACGAUAGAUCGAUCGAGGCGACGGAGAAGCUGGCCGGUCACAAGAAGUUGUCCGUCGACUGGAGGAAUAAGGUCCUGUUCGUGUUGACUGGCAGUAGACUGAAGAGUCGAGAGAUCGCGCUCGCCGAAGGCAUUGUGCACAUAAAAUGGAAUGACAUGGGCGACGUGACAUCCAUCGCGCCAUUCGGCAACGACCCCUUGGAGGCAGACAUAAGGAGUGCGGAGGUGAAGGAGGCAGUGGUUGCCACAAAGAGUCACACGUUCGUCCUCGAUCUGUGCGAGCCGGUGGACCUGAAGCUUUGGAAACCGCAAGCGUUCGACACUCUGAAUUCCCAACUCCAGACGUGGUGUCCGUCGCAUUGGACGCUCGUUGUUUUUGUCCCGCGGCAGCAUAACCUCUCCUUUCUGGCCAGCAUGAACCAUCUUUCUUUCGUCAAGCUGCUGGAAGGGAAGUGGGUGAGGAGGAGUCCACAAAAGAAAAGCUUCCCCGUCGGGAACAAUUUGUACACGGAAGACGACCGGAUGUACAUACUCUUCAAAGGCGACAAUUUGCGGGUCAACACGUCCGUCGUCUACGAGGGGAAACUGCCGGCAGGCGCCGCUGCUGCAGUGCGGGUACCACAGAAGGUUGCGCAAACGGAUGUGUCCGACAUCCCAUUCAACGCUUGCGACUGGUCACAUACCUCGCCUGCACGUCGGGGCAUUGUGUACGGGGACAUGGAACGCAACCCCGCCCAAUUUGUUCAGCUUCUCGAAUCCAUCACCAAGAAGGGGGAGGGUGUCGUCUUCCUCGGGAAGCCACACGCGCGGUCAGUCUGGGAAGUACUGAAGGCAGGACGACACGUCAUCGCGAUGGAAGGGAACUCCGAGCUCUUGCAAUUUACAAUUGAUCUCGUCAAAAGCGAGGUCAAUUCGGGUGCCCACAGAUGCGAGUUCAUGGUCGUCACCGAGACUCGGCCUCGCGCGUGGAACAACAAGACGGACAUGUGGUUGAAGUUGAGUGCGAGGAAGCGGAACAAGAUAUACGACUUCUUGUUCCUGCAAACGCGGCCGAAGAGAGACACCGACGCCGAGUACGUGCGCCGCAAGGACCACAUGUUCACGUUGCUCGACAACUACCACGGCGCCUCCCGCAUGAACGCUCCUCGAGAGGUUGCAGUCCCUUUACUUCGUGGAGUCAGAGGAGGAACUGACGUUCGGCAGUUACUCCUCCUUGAUCUCCACGGAAGACGAGGAGACCACUGGCAUCGAGUUCGACGCGACCAGUGGACAGAGAGGACGGACACGCAGAGCUGGUCAGGAGCGGGGGUGGCGAGUCCUCAUCCCAAAAUAGACAGCGGUGUGGUGAGGGAUGGGGCUUCGCCGCCUGCGGGGGAUCGCCAACCGCUUCGGUCGGAGCGAGAGGGUGCGUGUGGAGGGCCCGGUGAAAGGGAGACGACGAAGAUUGCCGGGAUCCGAACUUCUCCAGGCAAGGAGUGCGGAGGGCCCGGCGACAGGGAGAUGGCAAAGUUCGCCGGGAUCCGAACUUCUUCAGGCAAGGCGUGUGGAGGGCCCAGCGACAGGGAGUCGACGAAGUUCGCCGGGAUCCGAACAUCUUCAGGCAAGGGGGGCCAACCAGGGAUAUUGGUGCAGGCGGGAGGGGCUGCGUGCGGCGGGCGGGAAGCGCAUUCAUCGGGAAUCGACACGGGUUCGGGCGAAGUGGCUGCAUUGCAUGCAGGGGAAGAAGGCACGGUGAUGGACAAAGAGAAGGAAGUGGAGGAAGGAGACAGAGGGGAGGAAUUGGAGGAAGGAAGGGAUGAAGGGGAGGAAGAAGAGGAUGAAGGAGAGGAAGGGGAAGAAACGGAGUUGGCUGGUUUGCUAGGAGGGCAGGAGGGGGGAAAAGGUGAACUCAAUACAGGAGACGACGAACGGACUUUCGGCAACGACGAUGACAGAUCUGGGGAGUCUUCUGACAGAUUCGGGUAGCUGUACAGAGAACACCGUGAG